GCUCAAUGUCGCUGGUGUUCGAGGUUUAUCGUAAAUGGUAAAGUUAUUGGAAGCUUCCCAACACAAAGUCAAACGCUCAAAGACAGAUAUUAGAGACACACAGGGAACAUAUCAUCAAACCCUCCGUCAUUUCAUCUACAGCUAGCUACCUCCCACCACCACAGUUAGGUUGCGCCACCACCCCAUCAGUUUAUAAUCACAUUUGCAUGUUUGUAGCCAUUUCCCUGGAACCAUAACAGAUAAAUCCAAAAGGCAAGCAGUGUAGUAUUUUAGAAUAAAACUCCAGAAAAGAGAGAGAGAGAUCACGGAAUCCCAAUACUCUUGUCCAAAUCUUUGCACCCCUUAUCUCCUUGGCCCCUCUAAGCUCGAAAAACAAACACUUCUCUCGCUGCAUCAAAUCAAAUACAGUGCAUAUUAAUCCCUUAUUAUUGAUCCAUUUCGAUGAAGAAGAACCAGUUCCGAAAAUUGAAAUUUCGUCGGCUAGUGUUUGCAUAUGGCGACUGCUUUUACUUUGAAGGGAGAUAAUCAUAUAGCAAGUAAUGUCAAUGGCGACGGUGUUGAAAGUAGUAUUGAGAGUCCAAUGACUGCUGGCUCCUCUAACGCGCCGCCAUUGCAUUCUACUACUCUUCUGGAUCGAGUUCCGGCGGAAAACGGCAAGUCGACGCUGAGAAAAAGGGCGGCGUCGGAUAUGGAACUUCAAGCAGGCAACGGCGGCGCUGACUACCAUAAUAGGUUUCUCCGCCGUACAGCAACAACGCCGCUGGGUGAUUUUGGGGUCUGUUCUUUUAUGAGUGGUGGUGAUUUUAAUAGUCCUAAUCCACUAUUACGUUCGACACACGUGGCCAACUACUCCACUACGAUGACGAUGUUACCAUCUUCCACGAAUUUGACGUCAGCCAAAUCCGGAUCUGGUUCCGAACCUGCCAUUUCAACUCCAAACCUAAAUUACCAUCACCAUCUGCAACAAUCCCAAAUUCAAGCCUCUACAUCUACACCUUCUGUCUGCGUUUUCUCAGGCUUGCCUUUGUUCCCUCCUGAUAAAACUCAGAACCCAAAUUUGCUGCUUUCUCCAUCACCCGUGCUAUUACCGGUUAAUUCUAAUACAUCAACUGGUGGAGGUGUAAUUUCCAUGGAGGAGGGUGCAGCAGCUACGGCAUGGAUCGACGGCAUAAUAAAAGAUCUUAUCCACAGCUCAAAUAAUGUCUCUAUACCUCAACUGAUCCUCAACGUAAGAGAGAUUAUACACCCUUGCAACCCUAAUCUUGCAGCCCUUCUUGAAUACAGGCUUCGUUCUCUUACUGGUACUGAUUCUGUCACAAAUUACCCCGAAAGGAGGAAGGAAGCUUUGCCGCCGGUGAGUUUACAAACACCGGACCAGCAUGGGCAAGGGCAGGUACAGGUAGGCACUCCACGGCUCAGGCUGUAUAUGGACGACAAUUUGUUCACUCAUGGCCUUUCUGAAUCCAUGAAUCAACACUUGAGUUGGCCGGGUGUCACACAACCGGCGACGGUGAAUGCAGCCGGGAACAGCCAGUACCUCCGGAGCAAUCCUAGUGCAGCAACCACAAUCCCUACCAGUGUUUCUUUCACUGUGCCUGCAACUAUGGUUACUGAUUCGAAUGAUCAAGUGCGCCAGUCUCCUCAGCCCGAAACCCAUCCCGAGCAGCCUAUGGAGCAGCAACAGCAUAGUCAGUCGGCUGCGGCGGCGGCAAUGCCAGCAACGUUCCCUUCGACAACCGCAGUGGAAGCAAUUAGAGAAAGGAAAGAAGAAAUGAGACAAAAACAAAGAGACGAAGACGGCUUACACCUCUUGACCUUACUCCUCCAGUGCGCCGAGGCUGUAUCUGCUGAUAACAUGGAGGAAGCAAAUAGAAUGCUGUUAGAAAUAUCUGAAUUGGCAACACCAUUUGGCACUUCAGCUCAGCGCGUCGCUGCAUAUUUCUCCGAGGCAAUGUCGGCAAGGAUAGUAAACUCGUGCUUGGGAAUAUAUGCAGCGCUACCGAUGGUACCACAUAGCCAGAAAACGGCGUCGGCCUUCCAAGUGUUUAACGGGAUCAGUCCUUUUGUGAAGUUUUCGCAUUUCACUGCAAAUCAGGCCAUUCAAGAAGCAUUUGAGAGGGAGGAUAGAGUGCACAUUAUAGACCUUGACAUAAUGCAAGGCCUGCAAUGGCCUGGACUCUUCCACAUACUGGCGUCGCGGCCUGGUGGACCACCAUUUGUUCGCCUUACCGGCCUUGGCACUUCCAUGGAGGCACUAGAGGCCACUGGCAAACGGUUGUCUGAUUUUGCAGAAAAAUUGGGAUUACCAUUUGAGUUUUCACCCGUAGCUGAUAAAAUUGGGAAUCUGAACCCGCAAAGGUUGAGUAUAAGUGAGACGGAGGCUGUUGCUGUUCACUGGUUGCAGCAUUCUCUCUACGAUGUCACUGGUUCAGACACCAAUGCCCUUUGGCUCUUGCAAAGAUUAUGUCCAAAAGUAGUGACAGUUGUAGAGCAAGAUUUGAGCCAUGCUGGUUCGUUCUUGGGAAGAUUUGUGGAGGCCAUUCAUUACUACUCGGCCUUGUUUGACUCAUUGGGAGCUUGCUAUGGAGAAGAGAGCGAGGAAAGACAUAUAGUGGAGCAGCAACUCUUAUCAAGGGAGAUAAGAAAUGUGUUGGCUGUGGGUGGUCCUUCAAGAAGUGGGGAGGUGAAAUUCAACAACUGGAGAGAAAAGCUUCAGCAAUCGGGCUUCAAGGGCGUAUCUUUGGGUGGCAAUGCAGCGGCUCAGGCAACACUUCUGCUCGGAAUGUUCCCGUCUGAUGGUUAUACCUUGGUGGAGGAUAACGGUGCCCUGAAACUCGGUUGGAGAGAUUUAUGCCUGCUCACUGCCUCGGCAUGGCGGCCCAGCACCAACCAUUUUCCAUCCUCCAUCCAGUAGAAUUGCCACUGGCACUGGCCUCAUCUUUUUGAUUACUUUGUCGUGAUGUUUUUUUCAGAAAACUUUUUACUCUUCAAUGAUAGACAUUAAUGUUAUACUUAGUUGGAAUUUUGAAAUUUACAAGUUGAAUGAGAUCAUUGGUAUGUAGCA